AUGUCUACUAAUGAGAAUACUAAUGCAGCAGCUCGCUUGAACAGAUUCAAGAACAAGGGAAAAGAUACCACAGAAAUGAGAAGGCGGCGUAUUGAAGUCAACGUAGAGCUGAGAAAGGCUAAGAAAGAUGACCAGAUGCUUAAAAGAAGAAAUGUUAGCACUUUACCAGAUGAUGCUACUUCCCCCCUUCAGGAAAACAGGAAUAAUCAAGUUUCAGCACACUGGUCAGUUGAAGAAAUAGUCAAAGGAGUUAAUAGUAAUAACACAGAGCUUCAGCUACAGGCUACUCAAGCUGCCAGGAAACUCCUCUCAAGAGAGAAGCAGCCCCCCAUAGAUAGUAUAAUUCGAGCUGGUUUAAUUCCAAAGUUUGUCUCCUUCUUGGGCAGAGCAGACUGUAGUCCUAUUCAGUUUGAAUCUGCUUGGGCGCUUACCAACAUUGCGUCUGGCACAUCAGAACAAACAAAGGCAGUAGUAGAUGGUGGGGCUAUUCCAGCCUUUAUUUCACUGCUGGCCUCUCCACAUACUCACAUCAGUGAACAGGCUGUGUGGGCUUUAGGAAACAUUGCAGGGGAUGGCUCUACCUAUAGAGAUCUGGUUAUUAAAUUUGGUGCAAUUGAGCCAUUGCUGACUCUACUAGCUGUUCCUGAUCUCUCUUCUUUGGCUUCUGGAUAUUUACGCAAUGUUACCUGGACCCUCUCAAACCUGUGUCGUAAUAAGAACCCUGCACCACCCAUAGAAGCUAUUGAGCAGAUUCUUCCAACCCUGGUUCGACUCUUGCACCAUGAUGAUCAUGAGGUGUUAGCAGACACAUGCUGGGCACUCUCCUACUUAACAGAUGGUUCUAAUGACAGAAUAGAAGUUGUGGUGAAAACAGGGCUUGUACCACAACUUGUGAAACUCCUGGGAUGUAGUGAACUGCCAAUAGUGACUCCUUCAUUAAGAGCCAUAGGAAAUAUUGUCACUGGUACUGAUGAGCAGACACAGAUUGUUAUUGAUUCAGGAGCAUUAAGUGUUUUUCCAAGUCUGCUUUCUCAUCAUAAAAACAACAUUCAGAAAGAAGCAGCAUGGACAAUGUCCAACAUCACUGCUGGACGUCAGGACCAGAUUCAGCGAGUUGUAGAUCAUGGCCUUGUUCCUUAUCUCAUUGGUAUUCUGCGGAAGGGAGAUUUCAAGUCUCAAAAGGAAGCUGUGUGGGCUGUGACUAACUACACAAGCGGAGGAACAAUUGACCAGAUUGUGUAUCUUGUUCAGGCGGGUGUUGUCGAACCUCUACUGAAUCUCCUCUCGGCUAAAGACAGCAAAACUGUGCUAGUUAUCUUGGAUGCUGUUGCCAAUAUCUUCUUGGCUGCUGAGAAGAUUAAUGAGACUGAAAAACUCUGUCUCAUGAUUGAAGAGUGUGGAGGUCUGGACAAGAUUGAAGCUCUCCAAUCGCAUGAAAAUGAAGAAGUAUAUAAAGCCUCAUCCAGCAUCAUUGAGAAGUACUUCUCAGCAGAAGAGGAGGAAGACCAAAAUGUUGUACCAGCAUCUACUGCUGCUAGCUACACUUUCCAAAUCCAUGGCCGUACUCCAGACACUUUCAACUUCUAGAUCUCGUACACACUGCAACCACCUACAAGUUGUUUGGUACCCAAAUGACUGCCAUUUCUAUAUAUGUCUUAAUAUCUUCUCUUGCUUUUUACUGUUUUUCCUUUGUGACCUGUAGCACUUUGUCCAACUGAAACAUACUUGAACAGUUCAAAACUGUACAUACAAUGUGAAUUUCUAACUGUAAACAUCAUUCUUUCUGACAUACUUGUAAAUACUCAAUCUGUUCUUCCGACUCUUGCUGUCCCCCUCAGGGAUAAGAAUGCAAAGGGAUAACAGUGCUCUCUAAGCAUGAGCCACUGCUCUGUGUAACCUCUUCGUAACCUAUUACACUCUACAUAACCUAUUACAGCAAUCAGUACACUGAGUAGGCUUUUAAAGGGGAUUUAUGGUUAAAGUUCAA